UUUCAAUUUUGGUCUAAAAAUGAUCAAUUUAGACCUUAAAAUGAUCAAUUGAAAAAAAUCUAUUUUGACCUUAUAGAUAUCAAUUAUCAUAAGUAGAUCAAGUACUAAGCGCAUAUUGAAGAAAACCAUUUUAGACUGAUUGGGCUAUUCGUCUCAUAUUGAAACAAUCUCGCGCAAAACCUGGUUGACAAAAAUAUGUAGAUGUAGACCCUAACUCACCGGUCACCCCCAUAAAACCUCUAAAAUAUUCCAUCUUCGAUUCCGAAUUAAUAAAAAGAAAAUCGAAGAAAAAGAAAACAAAAACAUUUUCCAUUUAGCGCCUCCACUUCUAAUCUUCUCUCCCUCCCUCCCUCUCUCUCUCUCUCUCUCUCUCUCUCUCUUAAUUAUCCCCAAAACCCUAAUUCUUUGUGAGGCACAAAAAACGAACCUCCUCCAAUGGCGUCCGAGUUGACUCAGAUUCAGCAGGCUCAAAUGGCAGCGAUUCUCGGCCCUGAUCCUGUUCAUUUCGAAACUCUAAUCUCCCACCUUAUGUCAAGCAAUAACGACCAACGUUCUCAAGCAGAGUUAUUAUACAAUUUUUGCAAACAACAUCAAUCUGACGCGCUUUCUCUUAAGCUUGCGAACCUUCUUCAGUCUUCACUUCACCCUGAAGCUCGAGCUAUGGGUGCUAUUCUACUCAGAAAGCUUUUGACUCGGGACGACUCGUUUCUCUGGCCUCAACUCAGUGUUUCAACUCAGUCAACUGUCAAAUCCGUUCUUCUUAAUUGCGUUCAACGCGAAGAUGUGAAGACGAUAUCUAAAAAGUUGUGCGACACCGUUUCGGAACUUGCUGCUGGAAUUGUACCCGAAAAUGGAUGGCCUGAGCUUUUGCCUUUCAUGUUUCAAUGUGUGACUUCGGAGAAUUUGAAGCUUAGAGAAUCUGCGUUGUUAAUUUUUGCGCAGUUGGCUCAGUAUAUUGGUGAAACCCUAAUUCCUCACUUGGAUACUUUGCAUAGUGUGUUUUAUCAAUGUUUGGGAGGCAAUUCGUCCGCGGAGGUUCGAAUUGCUGCCCUAGGAGCUACAAUUAACUUCAUUCAGUGCUUGACAAAGGCGUCAGAUCGAGAUAAGUUUCAGGAUUUGCUUCCUCCAAUGAUGCAGACAUUGACUGAAGCUUUGAAUCACCACCAAGAAGCUACUGCCCAGGAGGCUCUUGAAUUGUUAAUCGAUUUGGCAGGGACCGAGCCUCGGUUUUUGAGGAGGCAGUUGCUGGAUGUUGUUGGAGCUAUGUUGCAGAUUGCGGAGGCUGAUACACUUGAAGAAGGAACGAGGCACUUGGCGAUUGAAUUUGUGAUUACACUUGCUGAGGCUAGGGAGAGGGCGCCGGGGAUGAUGAGGAAGUUGCCUCAGUUUAUUCAGAGACUGUUUGGGAUAUUAAUGAAGAUGUUGCUUGAUGUUGAGGAUGAUCCUGUUUGGCACAAUGCUGACACCGAAGACGAAGAUGCUGGGGAGAGUAGUAAUUAUAGUGUUGCGCAGGAGUGCUUGGAUAGGCUAUCGAUUUCCUUGGGUGGGAAUACCAUUGUGCCCGUUGCUUCGGAGAUUUUGCCAGCAUUUUUGGCUGCUCCUGAAUGGCAAAAACACCAUGCUGCUUUGAUUUGUUUGGCCCAAAUUGCCGAAGGCUGCUCUAAGGUGAUGAUAAAGAACUUGGAGCAAGUGGUAUCAAUGGUGUUGAAUUCAUUUCAAGACUCGCACGCCCGUGUGCGUUGGGCUGCCAUCAAUGCAAUAGGUCAAUUAUCCACUGACUUAGGGCCGGAUCUGCAGACGCAAUUUCACCAUCUUGUGUUGCCUGCUUUGGCAUCUGCUAUGGAUGAUUUUCAAAAUCCUCGAGUCCAGGCACAUGCUGCUUCUGCAGUGUUAAACUUCAGUGAAAAUUGCACCCCAGAGAUCUUGACGCCGUACUUAGAUGGUAUUGUGAGCAAAUUGCUCGUGCUCCUGCAGAAUGGAAAGCAAAUGGUUCAGGAAGGGGCUUUGACUGCACUAGCAUCUGUUGCUGAUUCAUCACAGGAACUUUUCCAAAAGUAUUAUGAUGCAGUUAUGCCAUACUUGAAAGCUAUAUUGAUAAAUGCAAAUGACAAGUCCAAUCGUAUGUUACGUGCAAAAUCAAUGGAAUGUAUCAGCUUGGUUGGAAUGGCUGUUGGGAAAGAGAAGUUUAGAGACGAUGCUAAGCAGGUCAUGGAAGUUCUAAUGCAGUUGCAAGGAUCGCAGAUGGAAAAUGAUGAUCCAACCACUAGCUAUAUGCUUCAGGCAUGGGCAAGACUAUGCAAAUGUUUGGGGCAGGAUUUCCUUCCUUAUAUGAGUGUUGUUAUGCCUCCAUUGCUUCAUUCUGCUCAACUAAAGCCUGAUGUGACGAUCACAUCUGCAGAUUCUGACAUUGAUAUUGAUGAAUCUGAUGAUGAGAGCAUUGAGACAAUAACCCUAGGGGAUAAAAGGAUUGGAAUAAAGACCAGUGUUCUUGAGGAGAAAGCUACAGCUUGCAACAUGUUGUGUUGCUAUGCUGAUGAGCUGAAAGAAGGUUUCUUUCCAUGGAUUGAUCAGGUUGCACCUACAUUGGUUCCACUUCUUAAAUUUUAUUUUCACGAGGAAGUGAGAAAGGCAGCUGUUUCAGCCAUGCCUGAGCUGCUGUGUUCUGCUAAGUUGGCGGUGGAGAAAGGGUUGGCUCAAGGUCGCAAUGAGUCUUAUGUUAAGCAAUUGUCUGAUUAUAUAAUACCUGCAUUGGUUGAGGCUUUACACAAGGAGCCUGAAAUAGAGAUUUGUUCAAGCAUGCUUGAUGCUCUUAAUGAGUGCGUACAGAUUUCUGGAACACUUAUGGAUGAAAGCCAAGUAAGGUGCAUAGUGGAUGAGAUAAAGCAGGUUAUAACUGCAAGCUCGUCUAGAAAAAGAGAAAGAGCAGAAAGGGCCAAAGCUGAAGAUUUUGAUGAUGAUGAAGGAGAACUUUUGAAGGAAGAAAAUGAACAAGAAGAAGAACUUUUUGAUCAAGUUGGUGAUUGCUUAGGCACUUUGAUCAAGACGUUCAAGGCAUCUUUUUUGCCUUUCUUUGAUGAGCUCUCGUCCUACUUAACGCCCAUGUGGGGUAAGGAUAAAACAACAGAAGAAAGAAGAAUUGCCAUUUGUAUUUUUGAUGAUAUUGUGGAGCAUUGUCGUGAAGCAGCACUUAGAUACUAUGAUAGAUUCCUUCCUUUCCUUUUGGAAGCUUGCAAUGAUGAGAAUCCAGAUGUUCGACAGGCUGCUGUUUAUGGUCUUGGUGUUUGUGCCGAGUUUGGUGGAUCUGUGUUCAAGCCUCUUGUUGGAGAGGCUCUUUCAAGACUGGAUGCUGUGUUAAGGCAUCCCAAUGCUACUCAUUCAGAGAAUGUGAUGGCAUAUGAUAAUGCUGUUUCAGCUCUCGGAAAGAUAUGCCAAUUUCAUCGUGAUAGUAUAGAUGCUGCUCAGAUUGUUCCUAUGUGGUUGAAUUGCUUGCCAAUAAAAGGAGAUUUAAUUGAAGCCAAGCUUGUGCAUGAGCAACUUUGUUUCAUGGUUGAGAGGUCGGAUGGAGAUUUGUUAGGGCCUAAUAAUCAGUAUUUGCCGAAAAUAGUGGCUGUAUUUGCAGAGGUGUUGUGUGCAGGUAAAGAUCUCGCAACAGACCAAACUGCUAGCAGAAUGAUUAAUUUAUUGAAGCAACUACAACAAACUCUUCCGCCUUCUACUCUUGCUUCAACUUGGUCAUCCCUUCAACCUCAGCAAGUUUUGGCAUUGCAAUCAAUCCUCUCUCAAUAGUUUUUCGUGUCUUCAUUUCAUCUUUACGGGGAAGUCUGCUCAUUAUGGGAGGCAAUUCAUUAUCUUCCAUUUCAUUAUUCUUUUUCCGUCACAUAUACCAUCCUCGAUUGUGAUGUAUGCUGGCUGCAUGAAGCUGUGGAUCGAUGCGGUGGUCAUAGCCGGGGAAGAUAUGAACUUGGUGCACAAUGUGUAUAUUGUGGUUGUUUUUCGGUCAUCAGUUAUGUUGCUAUGUUGUGAAGUUAUUAAAGAGGAAAGAGCAAUCAAAGAGUGUUACUGUGUAAGGUCAUAAAUUUCCCGUCUUAUGGUGUUCGGUUUUUCGACAAUUUGAGAGAUUUUGUGAAGCAAUUUUGUAGCAGUUUUGGGCUCUUUUUUUGCAUGUACAAUUCUUUUUCCUUAUUUUUAUGUGGGUGUAUGGUUUUGAUGUUUGAACUUUAUAUCAUUUCUCCCCCUUUUUUGUUCCCUGCAUACUUGGGGAGCACUAUUCCUAUGUCAAUAUUUCUUAUCUUUAGUA